AUGGCUAUGGGAACUGACGAACAGCAAGUUAUACAUCCCUUCUUCCGACAAGAAUUUGGUGUCUCUGUCAAAUCCAAAGCCUUGAAUGACCCAAUCUCGCUUGCAAACACCCACGCACAUGAUCUUCGAUCGAUAGGCAGCGAAUUCUCUACGCAUGAGCAGGGGGUCCAGGACCAAGAUAAUCACACUUCAAAUGUUUCCAAAACAAAUAAUGAGACUUCGGUGGAUCUCGAAGAAGACCUAAAUGAGGAUCGGAGGAAGAAGCGAAGGACAGACAAAACGCAAAGCAUCGAACCCACUGCCACCUCGGGUGCACGUCUCUCAGAAUGGCUCAGUCACAACCUGGCCAAUAGUACUCCUUUGCCAAUCAAUUCUAUCGAGGAUGAAAUCAAUUUUUCUUUACCUCACCCCGAAGCUCCGCUGGCGGAGACUCACCUUCCUGCAGAUGAAACCCAGCUAAUGACACCUGCCGAGAACGAGAAACCAGAGACGCAAGUUGCCAGAACCUCUGCAAGACAGAAAAUUCUCAGAUUGAAUUCUAAAGGAGGCUUCCUGUCGUCACCUGCCUCCAGUCCUCCCCGAGAGACAAAAAAGAGAGCGACAGGGAAACGGGGGAGGCCGCGAAAGGCUGAGCGCAAGGUGGUGUCGAUCAAGUAUAGCGUUGACACAGAAAAGAAUAUCGGGAAGUUGAUCAACGAUAUCUUAUAUGGCCGAGCGGUUCAAAAACCGCCUGCUACUGUAACUUCUGUUCAGUCGUGCAAGACGAAAAACGAAAUUCGAAAGCCCACACACCCAUUCUUUAGCAAGAAAUCAGCACAGAUCCCUGGGCCCAAGAGCUUGAAUGGAUCUCAAUCGGACAAUCCAAAUUCCAGCGCGAGUGUGCCUUCAAGCCAAACCACAGCUGGAGCCCCGGAUAAGAAGCGGACAGUAGCUGCUUCGGGCAGUUCGUUUGCUAGCUUCCCCCGCCGUGUCCCCAAGUUUCCAGAACUGCUUGAUCCUCUUUGGCCACCUCUUGAGUUUGUGCAUGUCAGAGACAUUCACCCAACCCCAGAUGUUAAUGGUCGUGUCUGGCAUACUACCCAGGACCGAAAAAAAUCGAAAAUCGCAGCUGUCUCAGUCCGAGACGAUGAAAACGUCCUUCUAGCCGGAACAGCUGAAGCAAGGAGGAUCGCCCGCCUGCCCAAACCGGACUACGACUCUCUAGGUAUUCUUCGGCAUCCCGUACGACAUGUUGCCAGCAGUCAAGUUUUGCAUACGGCAAUGGAAAGACAGAUGUCGUGGUCCUCACCAAACCGCCGAUUCCCUUGGAACUCUUCUAGUCCCCCCCUUGCCAGACUUCGAUCGGCUCUACUCACAUCAGUUUCGGCUUUUGAUUGCGCAACCUACGAACCGCAGCUUUGGACACACAAGUACGCCCCACAAUCAGCCGAAGAUAUCCUUCAACUUGGCCGCGAACCACAGAUGCUUCGAGACUGGCUACGACAUCUCAAGAUCACAGCAGUUGACACCGGAAAACCAUCCAAGGGGACUGCGACCUUGAAAUCAAAGCGGGAGAAAAAGGCGAAAAAGCGCCCAAAAGCCGACAAACUCGACGGUUUCGUUGUGUCAAGCGAAGAGGAGGCUUCUGAAAUGGACACACUCUCUGGCUCAGACGAUGAGCUAGCGUGCGGUGUAACCACAACACCUCAACGGACAGUCGUCAGGUCGGGUGACAUAGCAUCUGGUUUACGCGGAGUAGAAAGAAAGAGUCCAAUGACCAAUGUAAUACUUCUCAGUGGCCCAACUGGCUCCGGGAAAACCGCCUCUGUCUAUGCCGUUGCAAAGGAGCUUGAUUUCGAAGUCUUUGAGAUAAAUGCCGGGAGCCGACGAAGUGCCCGAGACAUGCUUGAGCGAGUCGGAGAUAUGACGCAAAAUCAUCUUGUUCACCUCCUCAACGAAUCCGAGGAUGCAACAAACAACGGCAAAGACUCUGUCAAGCAAAACAAGCUAAAGGGCUUUUUCAAAGGCCCACCCUCAAAAGCUAGCAAGCUGAUCCCCCAGUCUGGCGAACCAUGUCCGAAGCCUGAAACUACGCCCAAACGCCCCCGUGAGCAAAAGCAGUCUUUGAUCCUGCUCGAGGAAGCCGAUAUUCUUUUUGAUGAAGACCGACAAUUCUGGACCGGUGUUUUAACUCUCAUCGGCCAAUCUAAACGACCGAUUGUCAUCACCUGCAACGAUGAGAAUUUAAUCCCUACCCAAGACAUGUCUCUUCAUGCCAUACUACGAUAUCACAGGCCUGCUCAAGACUUCAGCAUCGAUUACUUGCUUUUGGUUGCCGCCAACGAGGGACAUAUUUUGAAGAGAGAAGCCGUCACCAGACUCUAUCAAGGAUCAGGAAUGGAUCUUCGGAAGUCAUUGAUGGAUCUGAACUUCUGGUGUCAGAUGGGUGUUGGCAGUGAGAAAGCGGGCUUGGAUUGGCUGCUUCCCAGUUGGCCCCCUGGAUCAAAUGUGGAUCAUGAUGGGGACCGACUUCGGGUUCUGAGCCUCAACACGUACGAACGAUAUAUGGGCUAUUUUAAUCGUGAUAUGAUUGUGACCCAAGGCUCGUUGGAUGAAGAGACGGAGUUUAUCCGCAACAGCUUUCAAUGGUGGGGUCUCGGCCUGCAAGAUUCCGAAGACAUGGCUGGGAAGAAUGUAGUUGAACUUCUACCCUCUGAUCAACUUCAGUCUACUCCCAAGACAGCGCAACUUGAUUUGUUGUGCCGGGAAGCGGAUUACUAUGACAUGAGAAGUUCUCUCGACAUCCUUUGCUCUAACCUUUCCAUGGACACGAGUAAUGAUGCUGUUGACAUAUCCGCCCCGCCGCCACCAGAAGGCUAUAGAUCCAACUAUCUUGACAACUACCCACUCCUGCAUACAGAGCUGCGAACAGAGUUUUCAUCACUCAGUGAAACUGUCAGCGCCGCCUUUGAUGCGUUGAUAAGCAGGACUUUCCGUCCCACAAAUGCCGAGGACUUGGAAUCUUUAUACGCGAGCCGAGCCUUGAGCAAAGCCAUCGUCUCUGCAGUGCCCUCGCAAACCGCUCCAUCCACUCUGCCUCAAUUCCAGCGCAUCUUUGAACCCAUUAUGCGUGCGAACUACUCAACCCCCACACCAACCGCCCGCCACGCCCCUUCAUUUGAGAAUGGACUCGCACCAAUCACGGAAGACUUGGCCCCGUACAUCCGUGCCAUCAUGGUCUUUGAUGGUCGCCGUCAGCAAUACCGCGAGCGGUUGUUUGCGCUUACAGCGCAGGAGUACGGGGGCGGCGACAAGCGUUCACGCACGACACGCGCUAGUCGCGCGGCCCUGGAGGGAGGUGACAAAGCCUCAACGCGCAAGGAGAGGUGGUUCGCUCUAGAUACGCCUUACUACAAAGUGCAAAGCACCGCUGGUCCAGAGUGGCAGCAUGUCUUGUUCCAGAUGGGAUAUUUCCACGUGCAACCUAUCAUCGAGGCAUCCCCUGAGCGCAAUGACAUGGGUUUAGAUGACCAGGUCCUGGAGCAUGUCGAGUGA